AGCGACGUCUAUUGAUUUGCGCGCGCAUUAUUAUCAAUAAUGGCGUCGUCCAUGAUUCGAAAAUGAUGUUCAGAAAUAGUUUUAAAUAUUACAAAAGUCGAAAGCCAUUUCCCGACUUGAAAGAUGUAAUCGAUUUAAACAAUCCAAAAUGUAGCAGAGUUAUCGGUUUUAGAGGAAAAUUGUUGAACACAGAAUCUGAACAUGAAGUAGGAUUAAAACCAGUUAGAGAUUGGAAAGUUUUUGAAUUUGUAGAUAUUCCGGGACUUAUCAUUAUAAAAAAUCCAUUUAACAAUAGCGCACAACGGUAUUGGAUUAUUCAGGCUUUAAAAUAUUACUCAAGAAAACCAUCCAAAUUAAAUUUGGAUGCGCAUGAUCUUUUAAAAGAGGAUGAACUUUGGUGGGAUGUAUGUUUUGGACAAUCUAAAAGAGCUAAACAAUUAAUACCAAAAUUAAGAUGGGCAACAUUGGGAUAUCAUCACAAUUGGGAAACAAAAUUAUAUUCUGAAACAAAUAAAACAGAAAUGCCUGCUGAUUUGUCAUUAUUGGCUUCAGUUUUGGCACAAAGUUUAGGAUAUAUGAAUUUUAAAGCUGAAGCAGCAAUAGUUAAUUAUUAUAGAAUGAACUCUACCUUAGGUGGUCAUGUUGAUCAGUCUGAAAUUGAUACUGAUGCACCUUUGAUCUCUAUAAGUUUUGGUCAGACUGCAGUAUUUUUAAUUGGGGGACUUACACAAGAUGAAGAAGCUGAUGCUAUGUAUUUGCAAAGUGGAGAUGUACUAAUAAUGUCUGGAAGCUCGCGUUUAAGGUACCAUGGAGUGCCAAAAAUUUUACCAGUUAACAAUGCACCAUGGGAUGAUGAAGAAGCAAAUGAUAAUAAUCAAUAUUGUAAAUGGGAUCAAGAGGACUGGAACAAAGCAAAAACUUAUAUUUCAGAAGCUAGAGUGAAUAUGACUGUGAGACAAGUAUUAAAACCUGGACAGUUAACUGUAUCAUAAAAUAUUGUACAAAGUUUCCUUGUAUAGUUUUAUUAAAAAUACUUAUAUCAA